AUUUUACAAACAUGCAAGGGAAAUAAUAGUCUUCCUGUUGUAUCUGAGCAUAUUAGAUUUGGUAUAGAAAUAUAAUUGAUCAUGAUCAUCUAGAUCUAGAUCUAAAUAUUGCUAGACACUAGAUCUAGAUAUAGAAUAUAGACAUAAUAGAUCUACCCGAAUCUACCGAUUUUGGACACUUUAGAUCUAGACUCUAACUCUAGGCUAGAUUAGAUAUAAAACUAAAAAGGAUCUAUAGAUAUAUAUAGAUCUAUCUAUAAAAUUCUAGACCUAGGCUAGAUCUAUCUAUAGUCUAGUAUAGUUCUAUAGUUAGUACUAUAACUAUAUAAUUAAUAUAAUACUAUAGAUAGGUCACACCGUGAAAUAGGUGAGAAUGAGAAUGCUGCACACUGCAUGCAAUCAUAUUAUUAUCAUUUGAAUCAUUCAAUUCAUUCAUCAGUAUUAUAAAAUGGAUUAUGCUGGUGACUUUUCACAGUCUAAGGAUGACAAGUCUCAUGAAGUGGACAUAGCUAUCAGUUGUCCUUUGAAUUCAGAGAAUAGUUCUCAUUCAUUGGCACUUAAAGGACAUUCUGUUUCCAGAGAAACUCACUUUCCAAGUGGUAUCAUUCACCAGGAUGAAGAUGACCAAGUAUCUGACAUGUGUUUAGGUCCUAGACAAGUGACUAAAGUCAUAAAAUGGGUUCUGGUACCGGUACCUGUAUCUGAAAAUGUGCUGACUAAAAAACAUGCUCCAGAUCAGCAUGAAGACUUUCAAAAGGGCAAUAAAAAAAGAAAAAUUGUAGAGCCUGUGGAGACGCUUGAGGAGAGAUAUAAUAGAGAAAGCCUUCAACUGCUUGAGUGCUGCAAGUUGAAGUCACCUCGUGAUGCUAUCUGUAGAAACUUUGAGCCACAGAUAUUUUCUAAUGUUGAAAACCUUCAAGAGGAGAACAUCCCUCUAAGCUCUGGAACUUUUGGAGUUGUUUCUAGAGUAAAAGACCGGAAAACAGGCCACCAUUUCAUCAAGAAGAUGAUCAUAAGUAAAAAGAUUGAACUCAAUGAAAUCAAAGUUCCACUUUUGUUGCCACAUAAAAAUCUGUGUGCUGUCUAUGGGAUCUAUUUAAGUCUCUCCACUGCAUUCAUCAUUCUGGAAGAUGCAGGUUCAUCAGUUGUUCAGCUUUGCGGUAAUAAUCCAUUAUUUGCAAAAAGAUUGUCACAAGAUUUCACAAUUGAGAAACUCGUUCUUGACAUGUUCAAAGGACUUGAACAUCUUCACAGUCAUGGUUUGGUUCAUUGCGACUUAAAACCUGAAAAUGUUUGCUUGAAGAGCACCUCCACUGGCUUCACUCUAAAACUGAUAGACUUUGGCUCCUGUAAAGAGGAAAAUGAGGAAAGUCUUUCUGGGAUAACUCCUGAGUAUCUUCCACCUAGUGUGAACAUUGUAUUAUUUGAAAAUGAAGCCAAGAAACUGAAGCUGAAACCAAAGUUGUCUGGUAAAGAUGAUGUCUGGGCUGCAGGAAUGGUAACACUUUACAUGAACAAGGGAGAGCAUGCAGUCAUUAGACACUUCAUUAAUAAAGUCACCUACUCAGUACCACAAGAACGAACAUUGGUGAUGCAAAUGAUAUCGGAGCUGAAAGAUCCUCUACCAUCAUAUUUUACCACUGAGAGAUUUAUUUUGAAUCUAAUGUUCAAAUAUGUGCUAGUUGUUGAUCGAAAUUUUCGAUGGACUUCAUCUCAAGUUAGUGCUUUUCUCAAAGACCAGUUGAACAUACAUUACAAAAGAAAAUCUUUGAGACAGGAUGGUGCUAGCAGUACAGGAAUUAUACAGGUUACACCUCUCUCAGCUCAGGUUGACUACAUGCUAGAGAUGCCAACAGGACUGGAACUAUACAAUAGAAUAGCUGUGAAAAAAGACCAACUAAACCUGACUCAGAGAUUUAAUUGUCCUGUGCUUGUAAAGAAGGAAACUGAGCAAAACUUUUGGUUCAGCUCUAUAACCAAGAAAGCAUUGGUAAAGGCUGAACAAGAAACAAAAAGACAACAGGUGUCUGUUUAUCAAGAAUGUGAGGAAGAGAUGGAAUACCAGAACUUGGUGGAGUCAUUUUUGAAAACCUAAAAGUCCAGUCUUAGUCAUCGGACUUAGAAUGUCUCAAUAUCAAUGUCCUAUUAGUCCAGCAGGAUACUCUUAUGAGUAGAAUACCCAACAUCCAUAUGUAUUGAGCCGAAGUCAUAACAAUCAUGAACUGUACAAUGAAUCUAAUCUCAACCUUAUACUGAGGGUGAACAAGCAGUCCAGAGUUAAGAUUUGGAACUAGUCAGUCACUAAGCAGUCACUCUAUGGCAGCGGUUCUCAACCUUUUAUGCUCGGCGACCCCUUUUUACAAUCCCCCACUUAGCCGCGACACCCCCCCCCCUCCCCUUCCCGCACGCACACACAACACAGAAGAAUAGAUAAUAACAAUCCAUUUUUUCAAUGGUCUUUGGCAACCCCUGGCAAAUCGUCAAUCCACCCCCAAGGGGGUCAUGACCCACAGAUUGAGAACCCCUGCUCAAUGGGCAUGUUGAGAGCCAGUAGUUCUAUAUGUUGAAGAUAUGUGUUAAUAAUAAUUAUAAUCUCUAUUAUCCAUAAGGAAUUGUCUUACCAUUUGUGCAUUACACCAAAACAAAAAAUAUUGGAACUAGAGAAAACAAAAAUUUUGAUUUGUUGUCACCAUGUGGCUUAUUUUGUACCAAUCUCAGUUCUAUUUUAUUUGUUCAUCUAUUUGAAAGACAUAAACCAGUAUGUUUAUUAUGACUUUGGAUCACUCCUAUUGACUUCUGUUGUGAAUGACUACUCAUUGUUUUGAUUCGCGAGAAUGACCAGUGUGUAAGUGUAUACAGAGAAGGCAAGUAGCCUUGUAAGUGUAAGAUGAGGUCAUGUACUUAAGUACUGCUUGGUACAAUAUCAGAUAAUUUUUGCUGUUUGUAAAGAAUUUUCUUCUGCUAUAAGAGUGUUUUUUAUUGCUAAAAGAACUCCUCCAUGAUUAUCAGCCGUAUCUUUUCUAAAAAUUUCAUAAUUACUAUUGAAAAUUUCUGCGUUAUAAAUUUCAGGAUGUAGCCAAGUUUCUGUUCCUGCAAUUAUGUCUGGUUUCUCACAUUCUAAUAAAAUUUCUAAGUCUACUGUUUUGUUCCUAAUUCUUUGAAAAUUUAUUACUAAGGUUUUAAGGUAUUUUGUUAUUACUUCUUUAGUAGGUUUGUUUAGUGAGGCUGUUGUAUUAAUUUUAGUAGAUUUAGGUUUAACAGGAGUGGAUCUGGCUAGUGGUUGGUGAGUUUGGUUUGGGAUGGUGUUUAGGAUGUUGUAUGGGUUAAAAGUGUCCGCAUCAAAGGAAUCAAACAGUCCUCAUGUAAACUGAGGUAAAUUGCAUGGUACACAAUGCCAUGAUGCGUCUUUGUUGCCUAAGGCAUAAUACACAGGUGUAUUCAUAUGGAAACAUGAUGCAUGGUACCAUUCAUCGCAGGUGUCACAUUGAAUGGCUUUCUGUUUCAUGGUGCAUACUUUUUUGCAGAUGUUGCAUCUAUCUUUAGAUCUAGGCCCUGGAUUUGAUUCUACAUCUCCUGCUAUUAAUAUUAAUAGUGAUAGGUAUUUAUUUCUGCUGUGUCUGAUUGAGAACUUCCAUUUGUGAUGGGUAAUCUUCUUUAAUGUUAUGGAUGUGUAUGUUAGAUUAUUUUUGAAGUUGCAUUGAUCUAAAGUGUGAUGAUUGAUUAUGACUGUUGUUUCCUUUUUAAGUUUAGUGUUGACUGAGGUAUAUUAUUAUUAUAACAAAAAAGAAUUAAAGAAUAGUGGAAAAUAAAACCUUGUAAGGAAAAUCAGGGUAGUGUGACGUCAAUUAAAUUAAAGAGGUAAAGAAUCAAAAAGUGACAAUGUGUUGUCUUAAGCUUUAAUAGAAUAAAAUUAAUGUAAAGGAUAAGGAGUUCAAGUAUUAUAUAAGACUAAUAAAAUAUAUGCUUUAUUAUAGUUUA